AUGGCAGCCCCAACCGUCCCUCCCAGAGACAGCGUGACCAGUAGCAGCACCAGCAACCCUCAGCGCAAGAUCUUAGAGGACCUGCAGUUCAAGAAGCAGAUGUUCUUGAAGCAGGGCGCGUCGCAGGCCCUCGCUCCCGCCACCACUGUCCACCAGAGCACGGGCUGGCAGUCCGGCACCGACGGCCACUUGGCCGGCACGGCGACCAGCCAACGCCCCACGCUGCUGAGCGCGACCACGCACAGCUUCGGUUACUUCAUUCCUACGGACUCCUCCUUCGGCAACUUCAUCCUUCCUGUCCUGCCGAGACUUGAUCCUACCCCACCCGCCAAGCCGGUGAGUUGA